CGUGGAAGUGGUAACUAUGGAGAACAUGGCGGAGGAGGCGGCGUCGCCGGACCUGGAGCCUGAGCCCGAGCCCGAGCCCGAGCCCGAGCCCGAGCCUGAGCCCGAACCCGAGGAGGCGACCCCGGAGGCUGCUUCGGAGAGCAAUGGACUUAGUAAUUCAGUAAAAUUAAGCAACAACAGUUAUGAUAAAGACAUUGUAUCUGAAAUGGAAUUGAAGACUGGUGAGAAAGAAGCAGAACAGGAGGAAAGUGUGAAAGAGCCUUACAGCAUCUUGGCCUCAUCUGAUUUAUCAAGAGAAACACACAUCUCAAUUCAAAGACAGCUGACUGAUCUAGAGAAAUUAGCUUACCUGAGCGAAAAUGACUCUGCCUCUGCCAUGUCCUCAUCAAACACUGAUCAGCUUGAUGCAGCUGGUAAAAAACUUUGUCCAUUAUGCCCUGAAGAAAAAUUUAAAGCUUGUUAUAGCCAUAAACUUCAUCGUCACCUUCAGAAUUUGCACUGGAAAGUUUCUGUUGAAUUUGAAGGUUAUAGGAUGUGCAUUUGUCACUUGCCUUGUCGACCAGUAAAACCAAACCUCAUUGGAGAUCAGACGUCUAGUAAGAUGGGGGCCCAUUAUCACUGUAUCAUUUGUUCAGCAACAAUCACACGAAGAACUGAUAUGAUAGGACAUAUUAAACGCCAUGUGAACAAAGGAGAAACUGAAUCCAGAUAUAUUGCAGCCUCUGCUGCUAAACUAUCCCGUGAAGUGUUGAAAGAAGCAGACACUGACAUACAAGUUCUUCCUAACUAUUCUACGCCUCAGAAAACAGAUUCCUACUUUAAUCCAAAAAUGAAAUUAAACAGGCAACUGAUAUUCUCUACACUGGCUGUGUUGGCUGAGGAACGGAAGCCUUUGGAAUGUUUGGAUGCUUUUGGAGCUACUGGCAUAAUGGGAUUACAGUGGGCAAAACACCUUGGGAAUGCAGUAAAGGUUACUAUUAAUGAUUUUAAUGAAAACUCUGUGACGAUGAUUCAGGAAAAUUGCCAUUUAAACAAAAUGAAAGUGAUGUUGGACAGCAAAGAAGAGGAUGAGUGUGAUGAAGCUCUUGAAGAAGGAGAAGAAAAUGUUGGUGCAAUUGAAGUGACCAAAAUGGAUGCCAAUGUACUGAUGCACUUGAGAUCGUUUGACUUUAUACACUUGGACCCAUUUGGAACAUCAGUGAACUAUCUAGAUUCUGCCUUUAGAAAUGUAAGGAAUCUUGGGAUAGUGUCAGUAACUUCGACAGACAUCAGUUCUUUAUAUGCAAAGGCUUUGCAUGUGGCCCGGCGUCAUUAUGGCUGUAACAUUGUACGAACUGAAUACUACAAGGAACUGGCAGCCAGAAUUGUUGUGGCUGCAGUGGCAAGAGCUGCGACUCGUUGUAAUAAAGGUAUAGAAGUCUUGUUUGCAGUAGCCCUAGAACAUUUUGUCCUUGUAGUUGUGAGAGUUUUGAGGGGUCCCACCCCAGCUGAUGAAACAGCAAAGAAAAUUCGAUACCUGAUUCACUGUCAGUGGUGUGAAGAGAGGAUUUUUCAAAAGGAUGGUAAUAUGGUAGAAGAAAACCCAUAUAGACAGCUGCCCUGUGAUUGUCACGGAAGCAUGCCUGGAAAGACAGCAAUAGAACUGGGUCCUUUAUGGUCAGGUUCUCUCUUUAAUACUGGAUUCCUCCGAAGAAUGCUGUUUGAAGCGGUUCAGCAUGGUUUAGACGACAUUCAGCCCCUAAUAAAGACUUUAAUCUGUGAGGCAGAGUGCACCACUCUAAAACAGUUUUCAAUUCAUGCACCUACAAGUCUCAAUAAGCAAGAGGAAUGUGGCGUAGUUAUUAAAACUCCAGAUACUGGAACAGAUUAUUAUGUUGUACAUGGAAAGAGAAAAAGUAAUGAAAUAUGCAGAAAUGCUACCAAGAAACAAAAGGCUGAGGUGAAUGCAGAACAUCCUCCCUUCUAUUACAACAUCCACCGACACAGCAUCAAGGGGAUGAACAUGCCAAAGUUAAAUAAGUUUCUGCAGUAUCUCUCCCAAGCGGGCUUCCGGGUCAGCCGUACCCACUUCGACCCCAUGGGCGUGCGGACAGACGCCCCGCUGAGCCAGUUCAAAGCUAUCCUGAUGAAGUACAGCAUGCCUACCUACACGGGGGGACAGUCGGAGGGCCACAUGCAGUCAGCAGCUGAGGACACGAGAACAGAUUCCAUCCCUAUGUCCAUGGAUGGCAGGGCUGAUGAGGCCAUGGGGAACGAGAAAUCUAGUAAUGAGAGCUUGUUCCCAGAUGUCCUGACAGACGACUGGAGAGCUCCUGUUGUGUGAUUUAAUUCCCGUGAUGUAACAAAUAUAAAACAUUCAUAUUUUUAUAUGGAAACCUCAGCAGUUUCUAAUUGGUUUCUAAGUUGGUUUGGAGAGCUGUGCAUUGAAACUUUCUUAUUCUAAAGGAGACAGUUUCAGAAUAUUACAGAUGUUUCAUGUGAUGCAGAUUUUGUGGUUGAUGUCAUCCCUCUGGUUAAAUAAUUUGGAAGAGUUUCACAGCUGACUGUUGGGUACUUUUGAAAUAUUUUCAAUUGUACAUCACCACUUGAGCCUAUUCACCAUGUUUAUAGUAAAUAAACUUUUUAUAGGGCAGAUAGUGGGAGCCAGAAGCCUUUAAACAUUACCAUGACCUUGAGCUUAUAAGUGUUUCUUCUGGGCCUACAUUGUAUUUCACAAUUAAGUAGCUAAAAGUAUUGGCACUGCACAUUGCAGGCCUACCAACCAAGUGAUCAGUCAGAUAUCUAUCUGUGCCAAAGGUAGAAAUGACAGACAUUUUAUAAAUGAAAGGAAAGAGGGAUUGCUGUGCAGCAAACUUUUCUUACACAUUUGAGGCCUUUUUAUUAUAUUGUAAUCUAUCAGGCGCCAGAUUUCUUAGACAUGUAAAAGAACAAAAGGUGAAUUAUCUCACUGCCUCAUGCACUGCAUAAACACAUUAAUCUGGUUGUGAUCUGCCUUUUAGAAGUAUAAUAUAUAAUCUCAUAGUGAUUUUUCAUUUUCAGUGUUAAAUAUUAUAUAAAAGGCAUUUUAAUAUAAGCAUAAAAGAGUACAAAGACUAAAAAUAGAUUUAGAAUUUUUUUUUCUUUCCUUCUACCAUUUCAAAAGUAUUUGGAGCAAAAAAGGUUUGGAAUUUGCUUUUUUGAUCUUAUUUUAUCCUUUUAUUUUUAUUCUAAGAGAAUUUUAGCAUUUUACUUUUGAAAGCUUAGGACCAUUAACUUCAUUUCACGAGUUGUUCCAAAAUUGCAAGCCUUUUCCCUCUUUUUUGAAGGUUACUGAAAUAU